AUGUCGUCACCACAGGUUUCUUCUAAGAAGCAGCAAGACCUUCAGGUGACCUACUCCAACUACAAGAACACGCUCCAACAGAUCGCCCAGAGAAUCGGCGACAUCGAGCAGGAAGCCGAAGAGCACAAGCUUGUCCUGGAAACCCUGGAACCCCUCUCUGGAGACCGAAAGUGUUUCCGUCUCAUUAACGGCGUGCUCGUCGAGAGGACCGUCCAGGAUGUCGUGCCUGCACUCAAGACGAACCAGGACGGCCUGAGAAAGGUUCUGGAUGACCUCGUCAAACAGUACAAGACGAAGCAGGACGACUUGGAGAAGUGGAAGAAAAAGAACAAUGUGCAGGUAGUGCAGCAAUAA